AUGACGUAUACCGUGACGAAACUGCCAGCAGACGUCUGUACGAACUACGUGUUGAAGCCAAACGAGACGCUUCUGUCUAUCUCCGUUCCUGGAUCAAGAGGAGGAGCUGGCAUCCUGAACCCAACCUCCCUGGAGAAACACUACCCGCCUACGCACAAGCUGGCGCUUUUGCUCCAUGGGAAAGGAGGGCAUAAGAACUACUGUUACCAGGCGAUCUGUGCUAACGAGCUGGCCACGAAGCUCGGGAUGUACUCCUUCAGAUUCGACUUCAGAGGGUGUGGGGACUCGCAGGACAACGAGGUGCCUCACGAGGGCCGCAAAGUGUCUCAGGAUGUCCAGGAUAUAGAGAUUGUCUACGAGGUGUUCAAAAAUGGCUUCUCCGUGAGCGAGAUCGGUAUAGACCUCGUGCCUUACGUCAUCAUAGGACACUCCAGGGGAGGCGUGGCUAUGUUCCAGUGGGCAGUUGCGCAGCAGAGGAAACAGGAGAGUGGUGAGAAGCACCAGUUCGUUCCAAACCUGGUGAACUGUGCUUCCCGGUACCAGUCCAGUCUGUUGUUGAAGUUUGGUAAGAAUACUGGUAAGGAGGUGCUCUUGAACCAGUACAGGUUCGGUAAAUAUCAGGAAUUGCCUAUCUUCCCGGAAGAGGUUCAGGACCUUGCAUCCCAGGACCUGAGCAUGAUCAAAUUCCUCGAUCCAGAGAUCCAAGUGUUGAGUCUUUACGGGCUGAACGACCACAUCGUUCCAAUUGAGGAUUCUACGUUCUUUGCCAACUUGCUCGGCUCAAGACACGAGUUGAAAUUCAUCCCUCAUGCAGACCAUAACUAUUAUGGCACCACUGUUAUCACAGAGGAUAACAAGAGUUCGCAUAAUCCUGAGGGUUUGCCAUUGACCAAGAGAAAUAUGGUUAAUUGGAACUAUAAGGUUACCAGAGAGGUCAUAAAGUGGCUACAUACGGAAUCCGAUGUGAAGAGGUUCCGUGAUGCAUCGUUAUCCAUUUACCAUUUCCCAAGAUGGAGAGACAUUGAAGGCAUUGCGAAUUUCAGAGAUAUUGGUGGAUGGAGAAGUUCAGAUAACAAACACUAUGUAAAGGCUGGUCUUAUAUUCAGAUGCGCAAAUACCUCCAAUGUCACCGCAUAUGGGAAGGAACAGCUAAAAGACCUGGGCGUGAAGGCCAUCUUUGACUUUAGAUCUGUUGGAGAAUUCGAGAAAGCUGGUGGGUUAACAAUUGAAGGCAUCGACGUUCAAAACACCCCGGUGUUCCCAUCAACUGAUAUGUCACCACAGGCAAUUGCUCUCCGUUACAGAAAUCUGUUACUAUCGUGGUACACGUAUAAGUACGUUUACCAGAAUAUGCUGGAAAACGGCAGUGACGCAUUUAAGAAGGUGUUGCUCUUUUUACGUGACAAUCCCAACACACCAAUCGCCUACAAUUGUACUGCAGGAAAGGACCGUACUGGUGUGAUGACAAUGUUGAUACUGUUAAUUCUUGGAGUGGAUCAACAUACAAUCUCAAAGGAGUACGAAUUGACGACGAUUGGACUGCGUCCGAACCAUCAACAAUUACGUGACGAGUUCAAACAUAUGAAAACAGGAUUUGAAAAGAAAUUGGAAAACUCUGGCUUGGGUUCAUCAGUUGAAUUCAGACACAUUUUAGAGAACCUCACUGAUGAUGAAAUGUUUGAGAACUUGAUAAGCUCAAAGUAUGAGAGUAUGGUCAGCAGUAUCCAUAUGCUCCAGAAGGAAUACGGUGGCAUCGAAGGUUAUUGUUUCAACAAACUGGGGUUGAAACCGGAAGAUCUAGACAAGAUCAGAAACAUUGGUAACUCCAAUUCCAACUCACUAACGUUUUGA